CGCGCUAGGUUCGCCUCCGAGGGUUCACUGCUUCCUACCAAAAUAUAUUCUAACAUACAAAAAAGUACUUUUAAAAUAAAUAAACAAAAAUAAUUAUAAAUAAUAAAUAAGCAACAACAAAAACUCAUAAAGUGUUUCGGAUAAGCUAACCAAUUUUCAACGGUUUUCAUGGCAAGCAAAAAAUGCGACUAUAUUUAAAUUUGUUUUUAAAAAUGUUUGCUCUCAACUAUUGUUCUUAUAUAAAAAAUAAAACCUAAACAUAAAAAAAAAUCAGCGACAAACAAUCAUAAAAUAACUCGCUUACAUGUGCGGCUUUAGGUUAAAGUUAUUAAAAAAGCUUUGAAAAUUAUAAAUGCAGCUGCAGCUAAUUAUAAGCUUAAAAUGUGAAAUAUUAAGUAACAAAAUGUGGGGCAUUUCCAAAAAAAAAAAUAUAGAUUAUAGCCACUAAAAAAGGUAUAUUUUAACCUUUACGUUUAAAUAUAUUGUGCACCCAAUGGAUUUAUUAUCUCAAAGGAAACUGUGAAUAAAAAGCAAUUAUUCGGUACUCAACAACAGCCACUUCAGGGAGUUGUUGUUGACGUGGAGAGAGGCGCACAGCUUUAGAAUGAAAUGGAGAUGCAAAGCUACUCUGGUCUUGGACCAACGACAGCAGCAGCAGGAGCAACUGCAAGUGACACGGCAGCAGCAUUCACAAAGCGACACUUCAAUUGCCGCCUGGAAGAGGCGGCUCGGCCUGAGGUCUGGCAGCCGCUUAUUAGCUGUGAAAGCAGCAACACCAAUGGCACCACUUCCAGCAUUAGCAGCAGCCUCCUGCCCGCCAGCAACAUCCUGGCCGCCAGCAGCAACAGCAUCAUCAUCAGCGGCGGCAACAACACAUUCCAGUGUGCUCGGCAAACAUUCGAUGAGGCGGGGCAGACGGCAUCCUAUAGAUGCGAUGGGGAGAGUCCUUUGUCUGAAACCUGCUCGUUGAGGCUGAAGGCGCGACUGUUGCGAGUGCCACACGAGGCGUAUGCGCAAUUUCGACUGGCAAUCAACGAGGCCCUCAGUGAUAAUGCGAGUGAUACACUAAGUGAUAGUUCGAGCUGUGGCAGCGGAGCAGGGGAGGAAAGUGAGCUGCACUGUGAGCUGGGAGAAGAGGAACCCUUCCUCUGCCACUUGCAGUCACUCCUCCCAUCCCAGGCUGAGCCGGGGGACUCUGCCUCGAACAGCAGCCAGCUUGAGGCCUAUCAAAUAGAGCUGGGCAACGUGCAAGACGGCCUCUGGUCCUUCCUUAACUUCACCGAGCUAAUAGAUCCCGGCAACGACACCUUCGCCAUGGGAAAUGCCACUAGCACCAGCCUGGACAUGAUUCUGUCCAACUACACGGCACUGACCACCACAGCAGUGCCCUCCACCGCAGUCACAUCGAGCGAUGUGGGGGUUACAAGGAGCUUUCUGGACUACAGCCCCCACGGCUACGAUUGGCUCUUCCUGUUUGUGGUUUUCUUUAUCUUUGCCGGUGGCCUGGGCAACAUUCUCGUGUGCCUGGCGGUGGCUCUGGAUCGAAAACUGCAGAAUGUCACCAACUACUUCCUCUUCUCGCUGGCCAUAGCCGAUCUGCUGGUCAGUUUGUUCGUAAUGCCCAUGGGUGCCAUACCAGCUUUUUUGGGAUAUUGGCCUCUUGGUUUUACCUGGUGCAACAUUUACGUGACCUGCGACGUAUUGGCCUGUUCGUCGAGCAUCCUGCACAUGUGCUUUAUCAGCCUGGGCCGUUACCUAGGGAUACGGAAUCCUCUGGGCUCUAGACAUCGAUCCACAAAGCGGUUGGCCGGCAUUAAGAUAGCCAUUGUCUGGGUGAUGGCCAUGAUGGUUUCCAGCUCGAUAACCGUGUUGGGUCUGGUCAACGAGAAGAACAUUAUGCCCGAGCCAAACGUUUGUGUCAUUAACAAUCGAGCCUUCUUCGUGUUUGGCUCCCUUGUGGCCUUCUAUAUACCCAUGCUGAUGAUGGUCACCACCUAUGCCCUGACCAUUCCCCUGCUCCGAAAGAAGGCAAGGUUUGCCGCCGAACAUCCGGAGAGCGAGCUGUUCCGCAGGCUCGGCGGCCGCUUCACUAUAAGGCCACAGCAUAGCCAGCAACAGUUGCAGAUGCACAGCAGCUUCUCCAGCGGCAAUUCAAAAUUCCUGCCAAUGAGCGACAGCAAUCGCAAUUUUAACAAUGCCGGAAGUGGACUAGAUGGAGCAGGUGGCAUCAGGGGUGGUGGCAUGGAGGCGGCCGAACGUCCUUUGAUGCAACAGCGAACAACGAGCACCAGGAGCAUAGGAACAGUCAGCUUCCGCAACGUGGCCAAUGGCAGUGGAGCCGGAGGAGGUGGAGGCACUAAAGGCUCAGCGACUGCUCGCAGUAGCUUCCGGUUUGCCGGCGGAGGCAUCCUGCGUCACUCGUCAUCACCAGCCUCCAGUAGUCACUCCACCGGGAAGGCGCAGUCCAGCAGCUUUUGGCGAAAGCACGGCGGCAACCCCAACCUAAUGGACAGCCAUCCAAACCGAAGGGCCUCUGUGCAUGUUAGCAUCUCUCAGCCACAAUUGGGUUACCCGACAAAUGGAAAUGGGGGUGGAAGUGGCUCUGGAUCUGGAGGAGGAGGUGGCAAUGGCUGUGGCGGCGGCAAUGGCUCAGCUGCUGCGACACCAAGCUGUACAACUCCUGGGGGCAAUGGAUCCGGCAUGAUGAACAUUGCCACCAUCCAGGGACAGGGCUUGGGCCACAACCAGAGCCAGGGAGCUGGCAGCAAUCAUCAGCUGGAGCAGGUGAGGCCUACGGCCUCGAAGCCUGAUGAACGGCAGCGCCACAAAAUGCGUCCCUUUAAAUUUGCUUUAAACCGCGUGGCCACGCCCACGCUCAAUUUGCGUUUCCUAAACAAUCGCAGCAAGAGGAACAGCCUGUCGGCCAAUGCGGUGGCCACCGAGCAAAAGGCCACCAAAGUGCUGGGUCUGGUGUUCUUCACCUUCGUGCUCUGCUGGUCACCGUUCUUCAUCCUGAACAUCAUCUUUGCCGCAUGCCCGGAGUGCCAGGUGCCCGAGCACGUGGUAAACACCUGUCUCUGGCUGGGCUACGUAUCCUCGACGAUCAAUCCCAUCAUCUACACCAUUUUCAAUCGCACAUUCCGGGCGGCCUUCAUCCGCCUGCUGAAGUGCAACUGCGAACGUUCUGGCCGCCCGCUGCGAUUCCGAUCCGUGACGGAAGGACGAGGCGCCCUGAGCCUGUGCGCCCCCUCGGCCCUGCCUCUGGCCAUAUCCUUCCAGGGAGCGCCCCUCAUGACGCCAUCGACGGCGAAUGCGACGCCACUGAGCGAGUUUCGGGGCGGCUACACAAUCACCGACGACGAGUGCUGAGCCACCAUGGGCCGCAUCCUUCUCUUCUAAAUAAAAUACGAAUUUAUACCGACUAAUGAGCAAAUCGAAUGGAGUCAACUGUACUUGCUAACUGCAGGGUGAUUCACCUAACCAAAAACUAAUCACAAUCAACUGGACGACUUUUGUAGCAACUACUUAUAAAGCGGAAUACUAAACUUAAAUCUCAUCCAUAUCAUUUGUAUGCCGGGGGAAGGGGAAGAGCACCAAAAAGUAGGACUUAGAGAGUGAGUUAGUGAGUGCAACGAUGAAGUGACUGUACCUGUGUUUCAUUUCCAUAUUUCCAGCAUUCUUUAGCUUAAGUGAUCGCUGUAUUUUAGAGCUAAGCAAAUAUAUGUGGAAGCGUAAUGAUUAGAUUUAAAGAAGCAUUGAAAUUACCCAUAGCAGCUGUGUUUAGUAGUCGUUAGCAAGCUAAGACCCUGAACCGAAUUCUACUAAUAAGGAAUUUGAUUUCCCACUCACCCACCCUUGAUGCCUAUUCCAAAUGUCCAUGCAGCUUUGCUGUUCCUUUAGUUUUUCCUGUGCGUAGGUGUCUGUCUUUAGUAGGUAAGCUAACUGUUAAAGAACAUGAAUUGCAAUACUUGAUAAAUAAAUAUGAAAAAU